AUGAGAGUGUUAGGUGUCACUCUCACCAGAUUAACAGAUUGUUUGUACAGCAAAGUUGUACAACCAUACUUAGCUGUACAAUCAUAUAAAUGUACAGCAUCCAUCGUACAACAUAAUUAUAUACCCUACAAGUGGCAAACAUCACCGGCUGACACACAAUCAAGUAAACAGUUCAUUCCUAAAAAGAGAUACAAAUACAUACAACCUAGAGGUCCGCACAGAAACAAAAGACUAAGCACGUGCAUAAUCUGCAAUAACGACGUUGUACUCAAACCGUUGCAUCCCCUGCCCACCUCAAAUCGAAUGAUUGUUGCUAUUGCGCUAAUGUACGCGAACACCAAACCAGGAAGAGCAGUGCCGAAGAGUGAAAAGAAGGAAAGAAUAGUCUUUGUUUGGACAGGCUGGACACGUGUUUCGUCCCCACCGGGCACUCAUCAGCAACCCGAAUGCCUAUCAGAAUCAUAUCGCAGUUUUUCUUUAUUUAGUCCCCACGAAUCACUUCGUUAG